CCCGCCCCGCCGCAGUGACUCGCUCGGGCGUGGUGGGUCCCGCAGUCCCGUCCCGGCCGCUGGCACAGGCCCGCUGCAGGCAGAGCCCGGAGCCCCGCAUCGCCUCCCGCAGCCCAUCUUUUCGCAGGUCUUCCCCCAGCUAGGAAACCGCCCCGAUGUUCCUCGUCAAGAACUUCCUUGGAGGAGGAGGAGGAGGGGGAGGAGGCGGAGGAGGUGGAGGCUUCGGAGGGAACAUUGGGAAUGUGAUCGGAGGAUUCCUGAGUGGUGGCGGUGGAGGAGGACGGGCUGGAGGUGGGGGAGGCGGUGGCGGAGCCAUGGGCAUCAUUGGAGGAGUGAUCAAUGCCAUCAGCGAAGCAGCAGCUCAGUAUAAUCCGGAGCCACCGCCCCCUCGCAGCCACUUCUCCAACGUGGAAGCUAACGAGAGCGAGGAAGUACGCCAGUUUCGCCGCCUCUUCACGCAGCUGGCUGGAGAUGAUAUGGAAGUGAGCGCCACUGAGCUGAUGAACAUUCUCAACAAGGUGGUGACCAGACAUCCCGACCUGAAGACGGACGGGUUCGGGAUUGACACCUGUCGCAGCAUGGUGGCCGUCAUGGAUAGCGACACGACCGGGAAGCUGGGCUUCGAGGAGUUCAAGUAUUUGUGGGGGAAUGUCAAGAAGUGGCAGUGUGUCUACAAACAGUACGACACGGACCGAUCCGGCACCAUCGGGAGCAGCGAGCUGCCAGGCGCCUUCGAGGCGGCGGGCUUCCGGCUGAACGAGCAGCUGUAUCAGAUGAUCGUGCGCAGGUACUCAGACGAGAACGGCCACAUGGACUUUGACAACUUCAUCAGCUGCCUGGUUCGCCUGGACGCCAUGUUUCGUGCCUUCAAGUCUCUGGAUAAGGACGGGGACGGGCAGAUCCGGGUGAACAUCCAGGAGUGGCUGCAGCUCACCAUGUACUCCUAAGAGCCGGCGCGCCAGCCUGGACCGACGGCCCGGAGCGCGCCCUGGCCUCUCCGGGCUCCAUGCUGCGACCUGGGCCUCUCCACGCCAGCUGCGACCCGCCCUUCUCUUUGCUUUUUGAUUUCCAACCCUCCCCGCUCCCUGGAAGACCAGAUGUCCCCUGCUCUCCAUCCCCCACCCUCGCCAGCUCUCCUCCGGGUCACUUGUGGGGGAGGGAGGGGCAUAAAACAGCUUCUGAUUUCGAGGUAUGUUUGCUGGCAUAUGAUCCACGCUUCAUUGAUCCCUCUUCGGGCCCCAAGGAUCUCCCAGCUCCGGCGGGAGGGGGCAGAAACGAAGCCAAACGCAGCAAUCAAUGGAACCAUUGACCCCUCCCCACGCGCCGGCGGAUUUUAAUUUCUCAUCGGCUCGGGUUCCGGCUCCCUCCCUGGCUGGAAUUUCCUCGGCUGAGUGGGAGCCAACCAGGCCAGUUCCUUCCCUGCAUGCAGUGUCUCCGCCCAGGCCCUAGAGAGGCCGGGCAUGGGCCGGGGCGGGGGCAGGUGGAAAAGCUGUUGACUGGGCAGACACACCUGGCUCUGUCUUCCUUUAGUGGCUAGGUCAUGUAUAGCGAUUUUUUCAGGCUGCUACGGUAGAGGCUUGUGCUUUUUUAGGUCCGGAGGUGCUGGGUUCGAUCCCCGCAGACCACCCAAGCCAGGGAGGCAUCGGAUGGGCAUCGAGUGCCCCCCGCCCCCAAGGGCAUCAGGUGAGGCCGCUGCCUAGCUGGGGCACAUGCAAAUCCGGGGCUGCCCCGUUCGGUCGUGGCAUUUUCGAAGGCAGGAGGGAUGCCCAGGCUGUUGGGGGUUUGCCGUGGAACGUACCAGCUGUCUCUAUCAUUGACGCCCACCGUGUUUUCUAAAGCUCAGUAGAAAUGAUAAUAAAGUUCUAUAAUAACAUGUCA